AUUUUUCUUCACCGUUUGUCACUUGUGUCUUAGAAUAAUUAUGAAAGUAUGGGUAACUUUGAAAAGUCACAUGAUUACUUUGCUUGCAUUGGGAUCAAACCUGCACCUCGUGCAUGAAAAUGCAUGCAUAGAACCGCAGGGCCACCGCGACGUAGUACAUGAGCCACAUAAGCCAACGAAAUCAGAACGUGGCAGUCAACUGUUGGACAUAGGCCUCUCCCAAGAAUUAGAAUCUCCAACACGCAGUCCGAAUCGGGAAGCAAGUACGCAUAGAAUGGGUAGGGUAGAAGAGAGACACCGGAGGUACAGCAGGAUGUCCGAAGAAGUCUGUCCGACGAAGGACAGAGAGGCCAUUAGGAAGAAACUUAGUAAGAGGAUGGACAUCCGAUACCUGAACGAAAUCAAGAGCUUCAAAGAUAAGAUCAAGUCAUCGUAUCUACUCUCCUGUUCGCCGCAACAGUGCCCCAUGAUACAAGAAAGAUUGACUCAACACCAACAAGACUGCCACAGCGGAACAUACCAACAAAUGCAGCAGCCGGUACCCACUUGCAGUGCCGUUUUGAGAUGCAGAGAUCAAGCUAUUAAUGUGUCACCUACAUUAUCCAGAAUGCGGCUACCAAAAUUCACGUUACCGCUUAAUGACGAAGGCCGUGUCGUUCAAACUGAGCUCACUAUGAAAGACUUAAGCCCUGGGCGUACUCCAUCAAAACACCUCACUAAAAAGAACAGUGAAAUAUUAAGCAGAGAUGUUAUUCCACUUAGGAAGUCCAGGACUCGAGAAGUCUUGCCCAAACGGAACUUUUAUAAAGAACACUUGCAAAAUGAAAUUUUAAACUGGUUACAAACCGUCCCUAUGUUUUAUACUUUGAACUUUACAACUAAAGACAUCAAAGAGAACAUAGUUAAUAAUCUUGCAGAGAAAAUAAAUUUACUCGCCGUUGAAGUAACUGACGAUAGUUACGAAGCCAAAACGAAAAUUGAAAUUGAAAACUGCUUAAGUAGGUUGCCUAUGUGGCUACCUGGAACAAAACGUGACCAAGCAACAUUCAAAGAUGGUCUAAAACAAAAACUCUGGGUAAAAAUCAGAGAGCUUAAUGAGAACUUCUUAGGAAUAAAGUAUGAGAAAUCAGUUGGCAAUGAGAAGGAGGAAGAGAGGAUACCAUUGACAAAUGAUUCCUACGAAAGGGAAGUAAUAGAUUGGUCUUAUCGAUUACCAAUAAAAGAACAAAAUGGCAUGAGAAGACAACAAGUAGUGGACUUAAUAAUGAAAAAAUUAACGCCACUGCUCAAAAUACCACUUCAUACAACUAGCUACAAGUUGAUACUGAAGGGAGAAAUCAUUGACAUUUUAGACGAUUUACCAUUAGCACUGUCAAGUCCUAGAUAUAAAACAGUGCAAUUAAACAGGUAUGCUGAAGAACUUGCGAACAGACUGCUUACUAUACAAAUAAAACACGAGGCAAACUCUUCAAAGAACCCGACUAAAGAUGCUGCAGUAUAUCAUCAGUGCACUAGCCAGGUUAUGGGUAUGCCUAUCCAAAGAGCACGAUGCAGUUACAAAUCUCUUAUACAAGAGCGAAUAGCUGAAUGCUUAGACAAAGUACAAGUCUGUCACCGAAAUGAUCUAAUAGAAGAAAUAUGUUUGACAUUCCUUGAUGCGAAGGAUAACUUGCGCUCAAGUGAUGAGCUAAGUAUUAAAAAUGAAAUACACGAGUAUCUACGUGAUACUGGCAAACUUUCUGAGGAACAAUCAAUGUACGUUGCCAAAAUGAUCAUCAAACAUGUUAAAAUUACACUUAACAAUAUCAACAAUUCUGCCUCAACAAGUUUUGAUUCAGUUAUACCCGAACUAUCUGGAACCAUUUCAGUUUAUAUGUGGGGUCGUAGUAAUCAUGCCACGUCGACACCAAAGAAAAUGCCUGUAAAAGAAAUACCUAAACUAAACGCGGAAGAACAAUCAUAUAUGAACAACGUAGCAUCCGUCGUUAAAGCCUGGAUGAACACAUUACCCAAGCAAUUUAAUGAGGAUAAAAUGUUUAAGGAAACUAUUAUCAACGAUUUGGCUGGCGACAUCAUGGAUGAACUAAAAGUAAACCAAUUAGCACCAGAAGCAAUUAAAGAUAAAGAAAACUACUUAAAUUACAUGAUGUAUAGGUGGCUAUACAGAUAUGAAGUGUUUCCUAAUGAAACUAUUCGUACUGAAGCUAAACCAUACAUAGAAGACUUUAUUAGGAGAUUAAAAACCGUACCAGAACCCAAAUUGACUUCAUCGCAACAUGGUACCAGACAAGCCAUGGAACAUAUAAAGCACAUGCAAGGGGAACGCGGAUGGGAAGAAGACUAUUUAGCUAAAGGAAUAGACGUAUUAGAAGACCAAAUAUCAGUAUGGAUGAAUGAACAACCUACUGAGAUAUAUGCCAACAAAGACAAAGGCAAACGCAACAAACAGGUGCAUGAUCUCGCUCUCACUCUACAGGAUCGGUUAAGAAGCAAAAGCCCUGAAGAAGACAUGGAACAAGAUAUAAAUAAAUGGCUUGGCAAGGUUGUUAAACCGAAAGAAAAGGAACAUAUUGGCUUAUUAACUCAAAAUCUAUUGGAAAAAAUUGUAAACACACCACAGGACCAAACGUUAGAAGCAAAGUUUGAAGAUAGAAAACGUUACAUAGCAGAUCAUUUGGAAGCUAAACGUCAAAAAGCGAAUCCAUCAACACAGCCAACCCAGGAUUACAGUAACGUCGGGAAUAUUGAAGGAGACCCUGAUAAGACAAUAAGAGAUUUUAUUGCCAAGUUUAUAGAACAUAAUUAUGACAUUGAUGAUCCUAUGGCUAUAGGAGCAUUUAGUCAUCUACUUAAAACUAAAUUAAGAAUAUUGAGUCCACCAACAAGAAAAGAAGUUUACGACAAUUUUGGUAAAUCAAAGCCACAUGAAAGAUUUAAUCCACAAAAAUUACAAUUAGAGUUAGAGUACAUAAAAGCUAUUUCAGAUUGGUUAAUGAACAUUCCCAUAGAAGCGUCCUACAAUACUCCUGGCAACCGCCGACGUAUAGAAUUUAUUAAUGAUCUCGCUAAAAAUGUACAAGAAAUAGAAGAGCAGAGAGUUAACAGUCCCGAUGAAAUGAACUACAAUUACCUUAUAGCUUCAUUGAUCCUGCACAGUAUGCACUCAUACGGGCUGCCGAUAUUACCUGAACACAAGAACAAUACACCAUUGAUGGUUGAUCAAUUGCUUCAGAAACUUGUUGCAUUCAGAAGUUCUGAACUAAGCUCACAAGGCAAUCAGACGGUAUCUUCGUCUUGCCAAUCAACAAAUCUAAGUGAUAUUAGAGAACAGAACCUGAGCGAAUUCAUCGUUGACUAUAUACGGAUCAAUGGAAGAGAAAUAGCUGACGACGAGACGAAGUUGGAAGCAUGGACAGCUCGUCUAAUGAAAGAAGUUAAAAAAAUGCUUCACGCUGAUGCUGACCCUUCAACGUUAAGCAAAGCACAGGUCUAUAAUAAAUUUAAUGAAGUUCCAAUACCUGGAGACGAAUCUGUCAGGCGAUAUGCUUUAGAAAUAGCUUACGUAAAAGAAAUAACAGAUUGGAUGAAAAAUCUCCCAUUGUUAUCAAUCGAAAAUUAUCCUGAAGCGCAAGAACGACAAAUAAAAAUGAUAAGCGAGCUAGCUGAGAAGAUGGCUGAUACGGAAGCUACGAGAAACUCGGACCCAACGGACGACACAGCUGACAAGAACCUUGAAGACUAUAUUACAUGUUGGAUAACACGAUUACCUUUAGAUCCAAACAAAGACUUAGUUGUACCUAUCGUUGUACAACAAUUAAUGAAAAGAAAAGAGAAAGUAAGAAAACGAGAUCAAAAACCAGAAAAUGAAUCACUGUCAUCUUACGAUAGAUCUAAAAGUGAGAAAUCUAAUCGACAAACCAGCCUUGGAAAUAAGAAGACAAACAAAGAAAAAAGUAUCUCUAAAUGGUGCAAGACUGACAAGGGUAAUACAAAUCCAGCUACGGUUAUAGUUGAAGCUAUAGAAAACUGGUCCAACAAACUACCAAUUAAGGGAGACGAAAAAGAAGUUAAAGCAAUUAAGGAAGGCAUUGCUACGAAAUUAUACCAAAAGGUCGGCGAACUUAACGUUGACCCGAGAAUUUUCAACGAUGAUUUACUUUAUACAGAAAUGUUAGGUGAUGAAAUAGACACACAAUUGGAAAAUGUACCCCAAAAUCCAGAGCUGCAGAAAAAUAGACAAAAACUAAAGGAAGGAUUAUUGAACACAAUAGUAGAUACAAAAGAGGCCAUUAAGGAAAAAUCUGCUGGCGACAAUUACAAGCACAAGCUUGAAACAACUAUUGAUGUGUCGAUACCAAAUCCGGUCCAGAAUACACAGAUAUUUGAUCCAGGUUUUGAAAUCUACAAAAGUCACUUAGCUAGCAUGUUCAUAUUAGAAAACUUUGAUCAUGCUAACGAUGAUGUUAAAGCAAAAUACGAAAAAAGAGUAAGAGAUGAGAUUGACAAAUACUUCGAAAAUGCACAGAACAGGAAUGCUUUACCUUUAACUAAGGAUCAGAUUUAUAACGAACUUUACAGUGCAUUAUUUAAAGUACCGAUGCCAAAUGAAAACUCAGUCAAAGAUGAGGUCGAACAGGUUAAAACUAGAUGUGAAAUAGAUACAUGGUUUGAAGACUUACCACUCAAAGAACCAGAUGACUUAGGCGAAUUACUGGAAUGGGAUAAAAUUCUAUCCACGCUUGCCAAGAGAGUUCAUGGAAUAGAGAAACUCGAGCCCAAAGCCGAAGACAAAAUGCAUAAAGAAAUCGUGAAAUGGCUCGAGAAACUACCGUUACUCCCCGACGAAGAAGGGGUAGAUGGUCACGCUACCAGACUUCAAAAUAUAUUAAAGUCCACCUACGAUGCUAGAAAAUAUGUCGCAAAGGAUCCGCAAGCCACAUCAAAGGGAAAAAAACUAAAGGAGAAAAAAACAAAGGAUAAUAAAAGUAAGAAAGUGUCACCUAAUGUGAGUCAAGUACCUGGCCCUAGCGGCGGCGGAGAGAACUGGGAAAGUCCGAAGGAAACACCACACUCUAAAUCAACCAAAGCAAAGCCAUGCUGUGACGUCACCCCAAUGACUAACAAAAAGUCAGGAGACAUCAUCACAGAAGUAGUUGAGGAUUGGUGUAAUCAAUUACCACUAGUAGCUAGUGAUGAAACGAAUGUAGCAAUUAAAGACAAUGUGUCAACUAGAAUUAUAAUCCAUAUUAGUGACUUAAAUAUGGACCCUGAAAUCUUCAACGACGAUGUAGUUUAUGAUGAGAUCUUAGAUGAAGAACUCGAAAGCGUUAUGUCAAACUUACCCGUACCUCCCGACUUCGAACAUAGCAAAGCUGCAAGAAAAUACCAACUGAAAGAAAUGAUAAAAUCUAUUAAACCGAUCAUAAAGGAAGAGAGAGCAAGACACGAAUACAAAGAAGAACUAAAUAACACAGUUGCUAAUAUUUUAAAGGUACCAGAAGAUACAACAGCCGAAAAAAUAAAAGAGUUCAUCAAAUUAAAAGAUGAAAUAGUAGAGAAUUUUGUACAAUAUAAUUACAACAAGAACGACGAAGAAGGUAAACAGAUUUAUAAAAAGAACGUGCAUGAUGCUGUUGUAAAAUAUUUCAUAGAUAUAAAAGAAAAUUUGAAUGAAGAACAAGUCGACCCACUAGUACGACGAAACCAAUUGUUAAGUGAAUUAGGUAAAAUACCCAUACCGAAUGAGGCCUUGAAAGAUGAAGUUGAAGAAAUAAGGAUGAGAGCUGAGGUCGAACAGUUUUUUCAAGAACAAUCUGUUCCCGAUGGAGAUGUAGAAAAUAAACUCAAAAAAAAUCUUGCCAAGAGAUUGCAUAACCUCGAAAGAUCUGGUCACAAUUGCAAUGCUGAGAAGAAAAUGAAGCAUGAUAUUAUCAGGUGCCUCAAAAAACUAAAUUGUGACGUAAGUCCUAAAACCGUAGAGGAUUUUGUAGAGAAAUUAAAAAACAAUGAAUCACAUCGAAAAACACCACCAGUGACUAAUAGUAGAGCUUCAGGCUUGAACCAAACGGGUCCCUAUGGUUUUUCUAUCGCCACUGGACCUCAAGAUCCACAAAGUUUUAACGUAGGUGGCAAUAUAGUAGCGCAGUCCAGACAAAAUACAAUCCAACAAACAUAUGGCCCCCUAAGUCCACAACAGGCAACCAUAAACACUCAAAAUAUGAAUCAAAGCGGAGGUCAGUGGCUCUCGUUGCAGCCAGCAUCAGAACCCCCUAAUUUUGACUCUUAUAGCCAAACCAACUUUAGUGGACCGGAUGGCCAGCUUUUCAACUCAUAUGGACCCGAUGAUGUCGACCAAUUACAAGGUCAACCCAACUUAACUGACAGCAAUUAUUCCGGUGCACGUCCGGUAAGGUCUUAUGUAAUUUCCAAAGGAAAUGUCUUACCAGGGCAAGACCUAGACCAAUCGAUCAAUUAUAAUGAUUUUGCCGGUGGACCGUUAUUGAAUUCAACUAUGUCUCCAACUCAAGGUGUAGGCGCACAAACUGUGAACCAAGUUCCGCAAAGUCCCAAUAAUAUGCGUGAGGUUGCAUCAAGUCCGAGUCCGAUAGAUCAACCUAAUUAUGGGCAAAUUGCUACUCCUCGCCAAGUAGCGCUAGCUCCUCCACUUAUGCAAGGCCAGAACAUGCCUGCAGAGCCUGUAUUCCAGGGCCCUAUGUAUAAGUAUAUACCCAUGCACCAGCCGUUCACUGUGCCUAUCAUAGAACCUGGUCAAAUGCUGGGUUCCCACUGCUCUAUGCGCCCACUGCGGCCUUUGUCAGGCCCUGACAACUCAAUAAUAUCUAAGCAGGGAAUGAUUGGUCCACCGAUACCUUUGUCGAUGGGACGUCAAGGGAUGGUCGCAAUGAGUAACGAGAGAAGAUCGAAGGGGAAUUACGAGUCGUCUGAUGAAGAAGAAGUGUGUAAAUGUGACAGAGGAAGAUAUCUGAACUGCCGAGGUCCGCCAUAUUGUAUGGUUGCUAUGGAUGAGUUUUUCGAAGAUUGCGUCGGUUUUGGACCUCUGUGGUGCGGCGUGCCUUUCCCGGAGUGUUUUUAUUAUUAAACAUUGAAUUUGUAGAAAUGUACAAGUAUUUAUUAUCCUAAACAGUAAAUCAUGUUUUCAAGUGUAACGUAAUAAUAUAACAACUUCCAACCUA